AAGUUCCGUCUUUCUUCUUGCUCACAGACUCCUAUUUUCCUCAGAAGCACUGUCAGAUCAAAUCAAUUUCUUUCAGUAAACCCUAAUUCUCCGAUGUCGAUCUUCGAGUACAAUGGCAGUGCCCUGGUAGCCAUGGUUGGCAAGAACUGUUUUGCCAUCGCCAGCGAUCGGAGGCUUGGAGUUCAACUCCAAACAAUCGCCACUGACUUUAAGAGGAUUUACAAAAUUCACGAUCGCUUGUUUGUCGGUCUCUCCGGCCUUGCCACCGAUGCGCAAACCCUGUACCAGCGGCUCGUGUUUCGGCACAAAUUGUAUCAGCUUAGAGAAGAGAGGGACAUGAAACCCGAGACGUUUGCUAGCCUUGUCUCCGCAAUUCUCUAUGAAAAAAGGUUUGGUCCAUACAUCUGCCAACCUGUAAUUGCUGGCCUGGGAGAUGAAGACAAACCAUUCAUUUGCACCAUGGAUUCAAUUGGUGCCAAGGAACUGGCAAAAGAUUUUGUUGUAGCUGGUACUGCCUCUGAGUCUCUUUAUGGUGCCUGUGAGGCAAUGUUCAAGCUUGAUAUGGAACCUGAAGAAUUGUUUGAGACUGUUUCUCAAGCACUCCUUGCUUCCAUAGACCGUGAUUGUUUGAGUGGUUGGGGAGGACAUGUCUAUGUUGUAACUCCUACUGAAAUAAAGGAAAGGAUCUUGAAGGGAAGGAUGGACUGAAGAGGGAGCAGACCCAAAAGCCAAGCCUUGUUUACUUGCCAGCCACCAGUGUCUGAUUUCCUAUUACAGAAACUUAUGGCAUCUUUGUUAUAUCAAGGCUAUCAUCCUGUAGUGGUUGAAUCUAGUAUAAUGCUCUUUUUUUUUUUGGCUGUGAUGCAAUGCUUGAUAAAUUCAUAGAAAUUGGAUUUCUUUUUUUUCCAAUCUAAUUUUGCUGAAUUUCUGAUGGUCAUUUUCAGAUAUUAAAGUUAGAUUUACAAU